AUGUCAGACCUACCAGACUACUAUGCAAUACUCGAAGUCUCCACCACAGGCUCCCCCGAAGACAUCAAGAAGGCAUACAAAAGAGCGGCCCUAAAAUGGCACCCAGAUCGUGUUCCCGUCGACUCUCCAGAACGGUCAAAGCGAACAAACAUGUUCCAGAGGGUUAAUGACGCAUACUACACCCUAUGUGACCCGACGAGGCGCAAGGAAUACGACGAAGCGCGUCGCUUCCACGGGACCACCGACUCCGGCACGUUCGACCACGAUGAAGACGCAGAUGAAGAGGUUCCCCGCCCUCCACCCUCGUGGGCCAACAUGUUCGGCUUCGGCAGAUCAACAACGGGGGGAGCACCAACCACGUUUGAAAACGAGCAAUUCCGCACCGUGUUCGAGGAGAUGAUGAGCGGCGAGGACAUGGCGGACGAAAACAUGAUGCCGACAAAGCGCUUCUGGAGCAUUGUGGGUGGCAUCUCUGGCGCUGCCAUGGGCUUCAUUGUCGGUGAUGUCGUCGGCGCAGUGCCUGGCGCGAUUGCUGGCGCCAAACUCGGCGCCAUCAGAGACGCCAAAGGGAAGUCCGUCUAUCAGGUCUUCCAGUCUUUGCCGCAAAAUCAGAAGGCUCGGAUUUUGAGUGAACUUGCUGCGAAGAUCUUCAGUGGAGCUAUCAGUUGA